AUGAGUGAUAACUCCAACGAUAGAAGCACCGGCAAUGGUACUGCUGCCAGCAAUGGCACUCCGACAAAUACUACGAAUACACACCAUACAAGUAGAUACUCCUCGGAAUCCGCCCCGAUUACAACAACAUCUACAUCCAACGAUUCCAUAAAUGGUCCGAUGUCAAGAACUAGUAAUAAUAACGGGUUCCAAAGUAGGUAUCCUUCUUCUCAUUAUCAAAUAAGUGGUGGGAGAGACAACAAUACUAGAGGAGGUAGAGGUAGAGGCGAUUAUUAUAGACGACCUGAUAACAGAUAUCCUAUAAAUACUCCUCCGUUUGAACAUCCUGGGUUUUCUUCUUCACAUUAUAAUGUUCCUAACGAUAAUAAAUAUUAUUCAAAUGAUAUGGACUAUUAUAACAACAACACCAAUAUGACGAGAGGGAGAGGGAGAGGAAUUAGUGGUAGAGGUCUCCCUAGAGGAAUUAGUAGAGGAAGAGGCGGAAGAGGAAGAGGAAGAAGCUCAUAUUACUCUUCAGUAUCAUAUCAUCACACACAAGUACCAUAUCCACCACCUCCACCUCCGCCUCCACCUCCUUCUUCUUCGUUAAUAGCAUCACAGUACACUGAUUCCAGCUUUACUUCGCGACAAAGAGAGGAAAAAAAUCAUGAAACGAGUCUUACAAGUAAUAAUAUUGAGCAUUUCCAAGAAACAUUUAAUACAUCAUCUUCAUCAUCAUCGUCACCAUCUCAUAGAGCCCAAUCCAGCCAUGAGAGGGAUAAUCGUUCCGUUUUCCCAUCGAGGUUUCAAAGAAAUAACGAUAUCAAUAAUAACAAUAAUAAUACCAAUGACGCACAGGAACAAAGACAAUAUGGUCAUCCAUCACAUUCCUUCGAUCAACGACAACCACGACAGCAACAACAGCAGCAGGGGGGAAUGGAUUUAUCGACAAUAACCCAAGAUAAUGUCAAUAAGAUGGAUGAGAAUGAAUCACCAUUUUUCUAUUUGACAAAUUUGAAUCAAUUUGAAGAUACUAAUAAGAUUGAAGAAAUAAAGGAAACUUUGAAUGAAAACAAUAUAUUGAAUUCUAAAUUGAAUGAAAAUCAUUUGAAAAUGAUUAAAAUUCAAUUGGAUUUGAAUUUAUUAAUUAAUCAACAUGAAAGAGAUUCUUUAAACGUUCAAUUAACUCAAGAAAAAUUAGACUCUUUAUUAUUGAUGCAAUGA